ACUUUCGUAUAAAUAUAUCCGUAGAGAUCAUUUUUACACGACAUGAUCCUGGGUACGAGUCGAUGGCUCGCUGCAGCCAUCCUUUUUCACUUGUCGCGUAUUACUUUCGCGUGGCUGGACGACAGACCAGUCCUUGACGUGCGGAAUGGAAACCUCUUCGUUACUAGUGCCAAGGACCGGAACAUCACGCUAGAAACCGUCGGGACGAGCUACGUUACUGUUAACGGAAUUGAUCUGGUGUUAGCUGCAAGAUCGGCCAAGGAUGCUGCCCAGUUGGUCGAAAAAUGGAAGUACGGAGCUCUCGCGGACUUGCAAAAUACCGUCAAACAGCUCACCGAAAAUUAUGAGAACGUUGUGAAGACGGAAUAUGGACCCACCCGUCGUACGCCCUCGGCCGACGCUGCCACCUCGGAUCAAUUCCGUCAACUCUCCAUUGACCUGAAACAGCUACAGAUGCGAGUCGAAGUCAUCUGGAGCAAGAUUGUAACUAAUGAGUGCGCGAGUAAUCCUUGCCAAAAUGGCGGCACAUGUGAGGACAUGAUCGACGGGUAUAAAUGCCGUUGCAGGGAAGGUUGGGAGGGACCGCGGUGUAACGAUGACGUCAACGAAUGCGCCAUAUACGCAGGAACCGAUCUCGGAUGUCAGAACGGAGCUGAGUGUACGAAUCGUCCUGGGACGUACGAGUGCAGAUGCAAGGGACAUUAUUACGGUAUUCACUGUACCAAACAGUCGAUGGCCUGCAACAACGAAGAUUCGCGCGAUCUCUGCGGCCACGGUGUCUGCGUUUCUGUCUCUUCGGGGCAUGCCGGGUACACCUGCAUUUGCGAACAGGGUUGGGAACGCGUCAGCGAAGAAAAUCCGGCCUGCAUUAAAGACGUCGAUGAGUGCUCUGGCAAACAUCCGGCGUGUUCGAUCGACCCAAUGGUGACCUGCGUCAAUUUGCCGGGAUCUUAUACCUGCGGCGGAUGUCCUGCGGGAUAUACCGGUGACGGAUACAGGUGCAUCGAUAUCGACGAGUGCACCGUCAACAACGGAGGAUGCAGCAUCCGUCCUCGCGUUGAAUGCCUCAACACAAGGGGUUCAAGACAAUGCGGUGCUUGUCCCUCCGGCUAUUCUGGAAACGGAGAAAUUUGUAUAUACGUCGGAGCUUGCACGAUAGGUAACGGCGGGUGCCAUCCACUCGCUACUUGCAUUCACACCCCGGGCAUGGUCGAGGGAACGGUGCAGUGCCGUUGUCCAUCUGGAUACAUCGGCGAUGGAAUGGGGCCCCAUGGUUGCUGGAUGGCGAACGGGGGUAAUAUCGGACCCUCUGCAUGCUCGAGCAAUCCAUGCAGCCAUGGAAGUUGCCUGCCAAUCGGAACGAACGACUACAGGUGCAAUUGCCAAGCAGGGUAUACAGGGAUAAAUUGUAACAUCCGGAACAAUCCUUGCGACCCUAAUCCGUGCAGAAACCAAGGAACUUGCAGGCCCUCCGCAGACGGAAGUAGGGCCACGUGCAGAUGCACUUCGCAAUUCUCCGGGCCCCGGUGCACAACGCCUCGGCAGUCUUGUGGAGGUACCCUAACUGAUCCUGCGGGUACGCUGCAAUUCCCUACCUCUGGCAAUGUAUAUCAAAACGGCUUGAGCUGUGCCUGGGCUAUAACGACCAAUACCUCUCUUGUCCUCAAUGUCACAUUCAUCGCUUUCAAGUUGGAAAAUUCAACGGAUUGUCAGAACGACUUUGUCCAGAUUCACGAUGGCGGAACAGCUGGUGAUCACAUGAUUGGAAGAUACUGUGGGGACCAUUUGCCCAAUGUUACAGGAACCAUAGUAUCAUCUCGACACACACUGUACUUGUGGUUCCAUUCAGAUCACAGUAUUUCCGACGAUGGAUUUACCUUGCAAUGGAAUUCGAUAACACCAUUGUGUGGGGGUGAAAUAAUUGGUGAAUAUGGAACAAUACGUUCACCUGGAUCGCCAGGCAAAUAUCCUCCGAACAGGGACUGUGAUUGGCACGUGGAAACUUCUCCAGGGAAAAAAAUUCAAUUCAUCUUUUACUCUAUGGCACUAGAGGAGCGCCCUAAUUGCGACCACGAUAAUCUAACGAUAAGAGAUGGACCCGAGGAAAACAGCCAGCAAUUAGGACUUUACUGCGGUCACACUCAACCUCCGCCACUGAUUACACCUGGAAAUGAAGCAUGGCUGCAUUUUUAUUCUGACGAAUCUGUACAAGAUAGUGGUUUCCAAAUUACUUUUUCGAGCAUAGCAGGUGCGGAUGGAUGCGGGGGAAUUUAUACAGCUCCUUCGGGUUACGUUACUUCACCCAAUUAUCUUGAACGGUAUAGUGAAAAUCAAGAAUGCGAGUGGAAGAUCCAAGUACCUAAUGGAGAACGAAUCAAAAUAACAUGGGUUACUCUAGACCUCGAAGAUUCCCACAAUUGUCGUUUCGACUAUGUUGAGCUGCUUGACGGUGAUAACAGAGAAGCCCCGUCAUUAGGAAGAUUCUGUGGUCGUAAUUCUGCUGCACUUCCGCCAAACAAACUAUCUUCUUCAAAUAUUGUAUUGAUCCGAUUUGUAUCUGACUGGGCUUUGAACGGAAGAGGUUUCCGCUUGAAUUACGAAGUCCAGUGUGGCGGAGAAUUUACGGAGCCAACAGGUGUCAUAAAAUCACCAUACUAUCCAAAUCCUUAUCCUGCUUCAAAGACGUGUAUCUACGGAAUAAUACAGCCAGUUGGCAAAGCCAUAAGACUCAUCAUCCAGUCAUUGGAUAUUGAGGAAUUGCGAUACCCCAACUGCCCUUUUGAUUACUUGAAAAUUCACGAUGGUGAUAGUGAAAAUUCAACACUCAUCGGCACUUACUGUGGUACCAAUUCGUCAAUUCCUGAAUCCCCGAUUAUGUCGACCCAUAAUUAUUUGUGGAUCAAGUUUGUGUCAGAUUCCUCGAACCAUCAUACGGGAUUCUUGGCUACAUAUACAACUCUCGAUGUCAGAUGUGGAGGUAUUCUUAAGGCACCUUCGGGAGUAAUUCAAUCACCAUCCGCCAUGAAUUCGUAUGACGAAACAGAAGACUGUACGUGGAUAAUUCAGGCACCACCAGGACUGAUUGUAAAACUGGACUGGCACACAUUUGAUCUGGAAGACAGCUAUGACUGUCGGUUAGACUAUGUCGCAAUAUCUCAGAAUUUAACAAGUACCUCAAAAUUGGAUAUGGGAACCUACUGCGGCUCAACCGUGCCACUUACAAUGAUGACAGAAUCACGAACGAUGACAAUUCAGUAUCAUACUGAUCAAUCUAUCACUAAGGAUGGUUUUAUGGCUUCAUAUAUAUUUGUUGACGGCUCCAAGUUUUGCGGUGGAAACUAUCACUCGUUAACUGGCGUCCUGACAUCACCUAAUUACCCCAACAGGUAUCCAGCAAGAAGGACUUGCGAAUGGAUCAUCACUGCCCCUAAUAGACACCAAGUUGUAUUAAACGUUACAGCGUUCGAGUUGGAAACGCAUAGGUUUUGUGUACAUGACUACCUUGAAAUUAGAAAUGGUGGUCUCUCAACAUCCCCUUUGAUCGGGAAAUAUUGCGGAACGGAGAUUGCAAAUCAAAUCAUUCAGAGCUUUAGUAAUAAAAUGUAUCUGAAGUUUGUCACAGACCACUCGAUUAGUCGUUCUGGUUUCAAAAUAGAAUGGGACAGCAAUACCGUGGGUUGUGGCGGUACUUUAACCAAUGUUGCAGGGAGCAUCUCUUCCCCGAAUUAUCCUCAUCCCUAUACUCACAAUGCUGUUUGCAUCUGGCAGAUUAAAGUUGCUGCUGGCAGUCAUAUUCAAUUUAUGAUAGUUGACAUUGAACUUGAAGAACAAUCGAAUUGUUAUUAUGAUUAUAUAGAGAUUUUUGAAGGACCCAAUAGCUGGCGUGGUAAAAAAUUAGGAAAAUACUGCAAAUCAAAUAUACCUCUGGUCAUAAAUACUACGACCAAUACAGCAACCAUACGUUUUCGCAGUGAUUUCAGUUACAGUGGUCGAGGAUUCCAUAUCAAUUACAGGACUGUGUGUCAUAAAAAACUUAUAGAUUUCCGUGGAGUUAUUGAAUCACCCAAUUUUCCAAAUAAUUAUCCUAAUCAUGAAAAUUGUAACUGGGUAAUUGAGGCACCUAAGGGUAACAAGCUAAACAUCACCUUUUCUCACUUUGAGUUGGAAGAGAAUUAUGACCACAGCCAAUGCCAGUAUGAUUAUUUGACGAUAAAAGAAGGAGUAGAUAAUACACCGAAUAGAUUGAUUGGAACGUAUUGCGGCUCGAUACACCCACCAUCUAAAAUCGUAUCUACCCAAUCUCAGGUUUUUCUACAAUUUAUUUCGGAUGGUAGUGCACCUUACAAUGGCUUUCGACUUGAAUGGGUUGUCAAUGGUUGUGGUGGUGUCCUGAAUAAACCAGUAGGAACAAUCACGUCUCCAGGGUACCCUGAACCCUAUCCUGCAAAUAUUGAAUGCAGGUGGACAAUUGAGGUGGACUACACUCACAGCAUAGAAGUUACUUUCGUCGAUGUGAACCUAGAAACUGUGCAGGAUUGUCACUUUGAUAAACUUACCAUUUACGGUGGAGCCAACACUGAAGCACCUAUACUAAUAGAUACGUGCGGAAUGAAUAGUUCACAUCCAAAUAUUUUUACAAGCGCAAACAACAAGAUGUUGAUCAAAUUCGAAGCAGAUCAUAAUUAUCAAGGCACAGGCUUUAAAAUAACGUACCGAAGCGUGGAUAUUAAGUGUGGCGGAAGGUUCACAACGCCAACAGGUGUCAUAACUUCACCUAACUUCCCACAAAAUUAUCCACGCAAGCAGAAAUGCGAAUGGCUUAUACAAAUGCCACGGAAUCAUCAUGUAAACCUUACAUUCAUCGAAUUUGAUGUUGAGCACACAACAAAUUGUACCGACGAUUAUGUUAGAAUUUAUGACGGUUCCACAGAAGAUGCACCUAUACUGGGUUCUUACUGUGGCAACAGCAACCCUCCAACUCAAAUUUCCUACGAUAACGAGCUCUUGGUCGUUUUGAGAUCCGAUGUUUACGUUACACGGAAAGGUUUCAAUGCUACCUAUAAGAUGGCAUGUGGUGGACGCAUUAUUGCUGAUCCGUCUGGAUCUAUCUCUAUAGAUUCUCUACUUGGCUUACAUUCAGAUGUAUCCAACUGCACCUGGAUCAUUGUAGCAGCAGAUUUUGCGGAUCACGUCACAAUAAGAGUGACACAUUUACAACUUACUAAACAAUCUUGGCUUGACGAUUGCGUGGAACGUUCUGUACAGAUUUACGAAGGUGAAGGAACAGAUGGACCUCUGCUGAAAAGAUUGUGCUCGAACACAGUGCCUCCACCUCUCACUAGUCAAGGGAAUGCUUUGACAAUCCAAUUGUCAUCUCUUGAUAUGCAUCUUUUAGGUUUUACCGCUAUGUAUUCUACACUCAAUUCAGCAUGUGGAGGAAAUUAUACAUCAGAAGAUGGCACGAUUGCUACGCCGGGAUAUCCAGAUAAUUACCCUCAAAACGUUGAGUGUGUUUGGAUAUUCCCAGUAUCUCCGGGAAAUUCUAUAAGUUUAUCCUUCAAUGAUUUCGCCAUUACGGAAAAUCCCAACUGUAAUUCAGAUUACUUAGAAGUGCGCAAAGACAAUGCCAUUGGCAAUCUAGAAGGCAUUUAUUGUGGCUUGAGUAAAAGUAACAUAAUUUCAAACAAAACUCUAUGGAUGAAAUUUGAAAGUUCAAAUAUAACAGCUGAGAAAGGGUUCAGUGCCGAGUACCACUUAUUGCAUAACAACGAGUUAACAGGACCCACUGGCACAGUUACCUCACCACUAUACCCGCGACCAUGCGUGCUUGACGGAGUGUAUUCAUAUCGUAUUACAGUUGACUUUACGCAGUCAAUACGAAUUACUUUUGAAGAUUUCCACCUUGAGACAUUUACAGUCGAUUGUGACCUUUUGCUUACUAUAUAUGACGGAUACGAUGCAAAUGCACCUAAACUGGCCGAAAAAUGUGGCCUGAUAUUACCAGAGCCCGUACAAUCCUCUGGUAAUGUAGUUUACAUUGUGUUUUCUACCAGAUUAGUAAGAAGUGGCAGCUGGUUCCACCUAAGCUGGUUACAAAUUCCUCGUGAUACAGAUGUAUCUCCAGUUGAUACGAACCAAUGCGGGGAAAUCAUAUCACUCUCAAAUUCGGUGAAUAGUACUUAUGCAUUCCAUUCGCCUGGAUGGCCUGAGGGUUACACCGACAACCUUGACUGCAGUUGGACAUUUGAAUCACCUCCUGGAACGCAUCUUGCUUUGACGUUCAAUACCUUAGAUCUCGAAGAAGAUGCGACUUGCCUCUUAGAUCAAGUCAAAAUUUAUUCAGGAAAUUUUCUGGCCAUGCAACGCGAAUGGUCUUACAUUGGAAGCUUUUGCCAUCCUAACAUGACAUACACGCUUAUAAAAACUUCCAAUUUAAUGAAGGUCGAAUUCCACACUGAUUCGUGGAUUAAUAAAACUGGAUUCUCAGCGCGUGUUUAUAAGGUUUGUGGCGGUCAGUUAAAUGGUCCAAAUGGAGUAAUAGAAGUUAAUUCCACAUCGCCAACCGGGCGGCAACUUUGGUCAGUAACAUGUCAAUGGAACGUUACAGUAAGACCAGGGAGAAAGAUAGAAGUUACUAUUAUUGACUUGAACAUACAAAGUAGCACUGAUGACUCAGCAUGCAGUAAUAACUACCUUAUGUUGAAAAAUGGUGGCUCAGGUGCUUCUCCUCUUCUCGGCAAUGGCAAGUAUUGCGGCCACAAUAUUCCAGAUCUGCUGACAACAACUGGAAACCAGCUCUAUGUCUACGUGGUUGGGUCAAAGCCUGGGACUCAGUUCAAAUUAUCAUAUCGGGAAGUGGGAAUCAAUUGCGGUGGUUCAUACCGUUUAACAGAUGCACUCAAAAGUCUGGAAAUAAAAACACCAAACUUUCCCAAUAUUCCAGACCCAUAUACAGAAUGUUUUUGGACAAUCAUGGCACCAAGUGGACAACCAAUCAUGAUCCAUUUCGAAUCUUUUGACUUAAUAAGUAGUCUCAAUUGUGCCAAAGAGUAUUUGGAAGUUAGAGAUGGCGGAACUGAUUCAUCAUCGCUUAUGGGAUUGUUAUGCAGGGAUGAAAUACCCAGUAGUAUGAUUACGACUGGGAAUUUUAUGUACCUCCAUUUUUAUACAGAUGAUGAAAAUCCUAAGACGGGAUUCAAAGCUGUUGUGAGCAUUGAAAACAUUUGUGGUGGAACUCUAAGAGGGAGAUUUAUGAAAAUACAUUCACCUAAUUACCCUUCACCAUAUCCCAGCCAUACUACUUGUGUUUGGCGUGUUUUGGGACCACCUGGUCAUACAAUGAAGCUACAAUUCCAAGACAUCAAUCUACCUAGUCGAUACAGAUGCAGUUCCACUGACCAUGUCGAUAUCUCAGCGCAAAUAGGAAACAACCGUAGUAAUGUACUGCAAUUAGGACAAUAUUGUAGAAGCAAUAAUCCUGGGAUAAUCGAAGCACCAGAAAAUAAUCUAUUGAUCAACUUCACAACCAUGGGUAACAGUUAUACUACGUUCAGAGGAUUCAGUAUGAACAUAUCAAGUUCUUUAGAAGCUUGUGGUGGUUACCUUGUGGGUUCAUCAGGUGAAUUCAAAUCACCUGGAUAUCCUAAUCGAGGAGUAUCCAAAUACAGGGGAUGUGUAUGGAGAAUAACGAUGCCAGAAGGGUAUCGCAUUAAAGUGGAAAUCUUAGAUAUUGGUCUCGGUACUGGAAAUCGAAGAUCAUUCUGGUCUACAUCGCAGAUUUCUUUUACUAAUGACUUGAAACGAAUGUCUCGUGCAAAAGUAAUUACAUCUGGCUCUACAGAGAGGGAAAUUUACAGCACUAGUAAUACAAUGUCGGUCACUUACUGGUCAGCUUCUAUUGCCCACAAAGGUUUCAAAGCUCGUUAUAGCAGUAUUGCGCCAGCUUUAUGUGGAAGUGCAACGACAGAUGAUCAAGGUAUUUUGAUCUCUGAUCAAAAUCCUGUCUACAACAUGAGUACUUUUUCGUGUAAUUGGAAAGUCUCUUCGCCUACAAUGAAUGCAACCGAUCAAACACUUGCAUUGACCAUAUCUGGAAUUGUUGGUAAAUCUAAUACGCUAACAACAAUUAGUAAUUGCCAAAAUGCACCAUCUUACAUCCUAAUAAGCGGUGAUAGUGAAGUGAUAUCGUGUAUCUCUGGAAAUUUCACUCAGGACAUUGUCGUUCGUAGUCCCAUGUCAGUCAAUAAAAUUACUAGUGUGAAAAGUUCUUGGGGAUCGCCGAACGUAAACUUCACAAUUAAUUAUCGCUGGCAUCAAUGUGGUGGAAUACUAAGCGGCCCUUCGCAUACUAUUUCUGCACCUAGAAGUCAAGUACAUCCUAUUGAAUGCACCUGGUAUGCAAAGUUUCCAGACGAUGAAGAGACUAUUACAUUGAGUUUUACAAAAUUGAAUAUAUCAUGUGAUAAUGGCUAUAUUCUCAUAAGGUACGGUGGUCCAUCGUCACCACUAGAUAAAACAAAAUAUUGUGGAUACGAGAUACCAAAAAACAUAACAUCGGUAUCAAAUAUGUUAUGGAUCGAAUACCAUAGUAGCGCCUCAAGCAAUGACUUUGAAAUUCAGUUAAACACGAUUCAAAAUGUUUGUGGCGGACUGAUGCAUGGAAGAAGCUCAGACAUUUCUAGCCCCAACUUCCCGCAAAAAUAUCCGAACAAUGCAGAGUGCACAUGGUUCAUAGAAGUGGAAAAUGGCUAUCAUAUUGGAUUGGUGUUUGAGGAUCGUUUCCACCUUGAACAGAGUACAAAUUGCACAAACGAUUUCAUUCAGAUGUUUGACUGGAAAGAAAAUUUGGUCACUGGUACCACUUAUUGGUCAGAUCUUGGCAAAGUAUGUGGACGAUCUCGCCCAUCACCGUUCAAUUCAACUUCAAAUAGAAUGAAGGUUUUGUUCCGGUCAAAUGAGGUACAACAAGGUGACGGCUUCCAUGCUCGAUGGAAUGUGAACUGUGGUGGCACUUUGAUCGUCUCUAAGUCAGUACAGUACCUCACGUCACCUGGGUGGCCUGUUCUCUACGAAAACAACCUCUCUUGCGAAUACACGUUUUUAGCACCUGGGAAGAACUUCAUUAUUGAGUUUACAUCCUUUGAAUUGGAAAGGGGUGUAAAUUGUCGGCAAGACAAUGUUACUAUAAAUUAUUCUGAUUACCGGGAUCCGUCCAUUUGGUGCGGUAUCAAAAUUCCAAGUAAACAAAGAACUUAUUCACGUUUAGAACUAAGUUUCAAGACAGACGCAACUCUACGAAGGCGGGGAUUCGAACUGAAAUAUUAUAUUGAUGAAUGUGGUGGUGAGAUUACCGAACCUAGUGACAUAAGAUCACCAUCGCUGGACGAAAGUGGUAAUUACUAUGGUGGAAUCAACUGUACUUGGACAGUACGUGCACCACCUGGAAAAGCUGUUGUUCUCAGAUUCGAGUCUCUCGAACUCGAACAUUACGGAAAGUGUAGGUAUGACUAUAUAGCCAUAUACAACACAUCGGUCAUCGACGAACAUAGUGAGCCAGAUAUAUUUUGUGGUACCAUGAGCGAUGUUCCACUGUUCAAGAGAUCAGACGCCGGCUCAAUGAUUAUAAAUUUCGUUACCGACUUUAGAGACCACUUCAAAGGAUUUCGUGCUAAGGUUUUCUUCAGUACUAGUAUAGCAGCUGGAUGUGGUGGUGUUAUCACCCUUAAUUCUCAACCGCAAAUAUUUAGAACCCAGAGAGGUGCAACAUAUGAAGCAUUUGAAGACUGCCAUUGGGUUGUAAGGGCACCACGCAACAGUUAUAUUAAACUAACCAUAACUGGCAUCGAUCUAAAAAAUUCCAACUCUACAAGCGGAAAUAAGAAGAAAUGCUCUGGUGAUUUCUUAGAGAUUCAUGAUGGUGACAAUCAGUAUUCUGAGCUGAUAGACUUUUACUGUGGAAAUAUCGUGCCUUCCACAUUCAUUGUAUCGUCCUCAAACAGAAUGUGGAUCAGACUGGUGACUGACGGCUCGCUGAAUGGCAAUGGACUGACUGCUACAUUGGAAAGCCUCCCUUCACCUUGUGGCAAUCCAAUCUUGACAGUUUCAAAUCAGACAGGAGACCUCACUUCACCAGGAUUUCCUUCGACGUACAGUACUGGAUUAAGGUGUCAUUGGAUUCUGUCAACAUCAAAAACAGAAAACUUUCAAUGGUUUACUAUUCACUUCGACCAUUUUGAUUUGGAAAGUUCCGAGAAUUGUAAUGACGAAAAGUUGACGAUCAUCGAUAAGGACUCACGGACCUACGUCAGUGAGGGCUUCGGGCGUAACGUUAUAUAUUAUGGCAGUAACGAUCGUGAGGAAGCGCAGACUUGGAUAGGUGGUUAUGGAGCAGACACAACUUACUCGUAUUGUGGAAAUAGAACACCACUAAACUUUUACAGCUCUGGAGGAAACCUGGAAAUUAAAUUCAUAUCCUCUCAAAAUCCAAAAUCAAGGCAUACUGGAUUUAAGCUGGAGUACAGUACGAAUCUCUGCAAUCGCAAUUUCACUGGUGAACAGGGUCGCAUUGUCCAUCAGGGUUUACUAGAUUGCUGGUUUACAAUCACUGCUCCAGUUGGCCACACAAUUUCGCUUUACUUUACGAAAUUUGAUUUAUAUGACAGCAGGGCCUGCACCAGUAAUGCUUUGCAGAUACGCGAUGGUAAUUUCAGUGCUAGUGUGUUGGACCAAAUAUGUGGAGUAGAAUUGCCAAGCCCUAUAUUCAGUUCUGGAAAUCAGCUAAGUUUGCAUUCAUGGUCUAGCAAUCCUGUCGGCUAUCCAGGCUACGAUAUAACUUAUACAACAACUGACAAAGGAAGAGGCUGCGGAGGAAAACUUUAUAAUUAUGCAGGUCGUUUUACAUCGCCAUUAUACCCAGCACAAUACCGCAAUGCGAGCAUAUGUAUUUGGGAAGUGAGCGUACCAGUGGGUCAUCUUGUCGUGUUAGAGUUUGAAAAUUUCAACACAGGAUCAGAACUAACUUGCUACACCGACUUUCUACAAGUUGUUGAAAAUUAUCAAGAUACAUCAUCUUCAAGCCAAUUUUGUGGGCCUCGCCCACCAAGUACGUAUAGAGCACACACCAACACAGUGAAAGUGGAAUACUAUACUUCAAUAAAUAACGGAGGUACGGGUUGGACAAUAUCCUUCUCAGCUGUACGCCACGUGUAACGCAUUGACAAUUGAUACAUUGUCUGAACUCUCUUGAUCACAAGAUAUUUUUUAACAUCUUGUCUACAUGAUCCAAGCU